GUCAAAUCCAGUCUAAUCGAACAACAGCAAAAUCUUCGUCCGCAACCCAGGUCAAGAAACCCUCGUUAUAGGUUUUCUGCGACAGGAUUUCCGUUCUUUUUGCCCAUAUCCGGAAAUCUAAGCGUCUCACUUCGUGAUCUUAUCCAACUGUUGUCGAUCAUCCUCAUUCAAAAACGGAACUUUAAACAUUUUCUUAUAGGAUGGCUGCCAUUUCUACCACCGAAAAGCCGCAUAUGACGCAGAUCGAUCUGAACACACUUAACCUUCAACAGCUGACUCAACUCAAGAACCAGCUGGACCAGGAACUGACCGUAUUCCAGGAGUCGCUCCAGACCCUCAAAAUGGCCCGGGUUAAGUACAGCGGGUCAAAAGAAGCUCUGGAGCAAUUCAAGCCCGACUGGAACGAAAAACAAAUACUGGUUCCGCUCACUGGGAGCAUGUAUGUCCCGGGGACUAUCAAAGAUGCGGACAAUGUGAUCGUAGAUAUUGGAACCGGAUACUACAUCGAAAACGAUUUGGACAGUGCGAAAAAUUUCUUCAAGCGUCGGGUGGACUUUGUCCAGGAGCAGAUGGAGAAGAUCGAAGUGCUUGGCAUGGAAAAGUCGAAGAUCCGUGACGCCAUCCGAGAGGUGAUGGAAAUCAAGUUACUGCAGUUCGAGAAGGAAUUGCAGAAAAAACGGGAGGGUAUUGAAAAGGAAUAAAUUAAGGAAAAAAUAAAUAUUUUCUCUCGUUCAAUCCAACAGGCACUAUUGACUAACCAUGCUUUCAUAAUUAACCCUAAGAUCUUUAAUUCAACACAAAGAAUCAAAAAAUGCCGUAUUGUAACCAAUUGAACGACUUCCCACAUUAAAAUAUGUGAACUUUUUUGGCCAGUAGAAGAAAUUUGUCUAUAGCUAACCCUUUUGCUUUUUUCAGGUUUAUGAUUUAGGUGCAUUUAAUCGAAUACAUUUAUUUAUACCUAUAAA